CUCUCACACCGCACUCCUUACCUUCCUUGCCUUCCCCCCUCGCCCCCUCAGAUGCGCAUGGACGUGGCGAUGAAGGACGUGCUGUCGUGGGUGAGCAAGCACCUGGAGACGCUGGGGCGCCGGCAGAAGGGCGCCGCCGAGGAUGGCGAGCCCACCUUCCUCGAGACCUGUGUGCACCGUAACCUGCGCUACUGA